AUGUUCCGCCGGCCAAGGCUUCAGAUGAAGCCGAAAAUCCCGAAGCCUGUGGUUAAAAUUGAAAAGGAAACUGUUGAAGAGGAGCCGCGGAACGAAGUUGUCCAAGACGAACCGCAGACGAUUAUUCAAGAGCCAGAAACCCGCAACCUUCCGUCAAAACAAGAGGCUGUUCAACCAGAAUAUGGAACUCUUCAACCGUCUUCAUUUGAACUGAUAAUCGAAUCGCAAAAACCACAACAACAAUCCUAUGAGCAUCAUCAUGUGCAUUUUCAAGAACCACAGAUUUCUCAACACCCUAGUAAUGGCAACAAUUUUCAAAGGAAUACGAAUGGAGAAAAUAUUCAUGAGGAUCAUCAUCAUGCGCAUAAACUGGCUCCGCCUAGGUCGAGAAAUGUUUCAAUGUGCGAUGAUGAGAAUAUUCUACAGCAUAUUAAACAGAAACCUAGAAAACGAUUUACUGGAAAUGAAGUGCUGGACACUUCGAAAAUGACAAUAGGAGAUUUGGCGUAUUGGAAUCCAAAGAAUCAAGUCGCUUUCAGAAAAAGAGAACGACAGACAUCGACGAGCUCGACGAUUCGCACGAAAACCGAAAUUGAUGAAGCUCCGGCGACGCCAAAAGUGGCGGCGCCACAAGUAAAAAUUGGCGCCGACGGCCGUUUGGUUAUCGAUGAGACGAGUUUAGUAAUGGACACGAAUACGAAAGACGACGGAAUAUGGGAAACUGUUGAGGAGGGCAAAAAUCAAAGCAAAAUCACGUCGCUCUCGUUCCGAAAUCGGCUUUGGAGGAAAGGAACCUCGUGGACUCAAAAGGAGACGGACCUAUUCUACGAAGUCGUACGGUGUACGGGCUCUGACUUUGGAUUGAUGAAUCAUUAUAUAUCGGGAAGGUCUCGUGCGGAAUUGAAGGCGAAAUACAACAGAGAAGAACGUACCAACUGGGCGAAACUGUCGGCGGCUCUCGGACGGCCAUCCCAACUCGACGAUUCUUUGAUGGAAAAGGUUUCUUUGAUGCAGAAGGAGAUUGAGGAAGAGGCGCGCGUAAAGGAGAUGAAGCCGGCAAAAGUUGUUGAGCGCGAACGGGCGUCGAUUGAGCGCGAAGAGGAACGAAUGCAGAAGCGAUUGAUCAAAUUGAAUCGGAAUAUUGAGCAAAUCGAGGAGAAGAAGCGACAGAAUGCGGAGAAAAAGAAGAAGAAUCAGGAGGAGCAGGAAGAUAUAUUAAUGCGGGAGGAAGCGGUUCGGGUCCUUAUGGAAAUCAAACAGGACGAGCGAAUGAGAAAACGAGAUCGACAGAUUUGCGCGAAUGAUUCGAUGAUUUUGGAGAGAGAAGCUCAACAGAUUAUUCGAAAUCUUAUAAAAAUGGAUCGAACUAAAAAGCGAAAAUUGAACGAUGAUGCGAAGAAUUGUAAAAGGCGUGCGGAAGAGGAGAAAGAGAAAGAGAAGGAAACGUCUGUGGAGGAAUUGGAGAUCGACGACGAUGACGAUGAUGAUAUACUGUCUGUUGACGAUUCAACGUCGGAAGAGGAGAGUGAAGAAGAUGAGGAAUUUAAAAAUUUUAUUCAGAAUGAGGAAAUGCGGCUCAGAAAGAUUCAAAAUGAGGAAAUGCGGCGAAGUGUUGAGCCACGACAAGGCGGCAAAACAAUGAAUUAUAUAAAAGAUGCCAAAUAUAGUCCGAAUCAAGUUGAAAGUACGGUAGCUGUUGCAAAAAAUAUUGGAAAUAUGUUUGACGCAUCGAAUGAAGAUGAAUUUGACGAUGUUCCGCCGAAGCGGUUAUGCGCCGAAGCGAAACAGACUCCUGAUGACGAGCAGCCAGAGGAGGAUCGAUCGGAGAAGCUGGAAGAAGUACCUAGUGCGGUUACCGAUGUGAUUGAAUCGAUGGGCAAUCGAAAAGUAGUCCGAUGUGGUACCGAUGAGGAUGAGAAUCGAGAAGAGCGCGAUGAAGAGGACGAGCAGGUCCCGUCGGCGGUUUUGGAUGUUGUUCGCGCAUUGAAAGAAGGCACGAAAAUCGCGGGGCGGCAAAAAGAAGAUGUAAUCGAACCUCCAGCGGCUGUAAUGGACGUCAUCGAGGAGAUGAGCAGGGAACGAAUGUACAAGAGUGUGUCGGAUUCGACGUCUAUUGAAAUGGUUGUGCGCACGGUUGUGGAAAGAAUGGUUCGCGUCGUGUCCAUGACGAUUGAGAAAGAAAGGGUGACCCAAGGACUUGUUAUUAAACUGCUAAUGAGAUCCAAAACAGCUUCAGAAAUACCUUCCUUUAAAUACUUAGAUUCUCCUGAUACUGUUCAGACGUCGUUGUUUGGAUACGACAGAAACAAAUCCAUUCAGGGAAGAUACUCAAAUGGAAGAUACAGAAAAUCUGGCUACAGAAGUAUUGUUUUCAACGAUGAUGAUAAUGCGAAGCGAGUGUUUGACAAACUCGCUACCACGUCUGAAGAUGAAUCAACGCAUGAUUUGUCUGGAUUUGAAACAGCCGACACUUCGAGCAAAUCGAUGACAAAUGAUGAAACUGAAGAAGUGAAACCAAAACGAGUUCACACUUGUCCUGACGAAGCUCAAUGUGAGGCUUUUCGAAAUGGAGUGUGUGUUGACGAGGAAAAGGAAAGAAAGGAAAUGCUUCAGUGGUACGAUGAUCUAAUUCAAUGGCGGCACGAUAUUGUUCAUAGAAGAAAGUUCGGACCACCGAGAUGCCAUCCGCCACCAUUAACAAUUACGUUAAUUGGAGCAAGUCGCGCACAAAAAAUUAAUCCAUUUUCAAAAGUUCGAGAUGUUCAUCCGUUCGCAAUGGAAGUAAUGGAAUCUGCUAAAAAUCGAAUGGAAGCCAAACGAAUGCAACGUCUUAUUCCUUGCGAUUUACCAUUGCCGGCACCACACGAGUUCAUGUCAAAUGCCAAACGAUUGGAACCGCAUUUGUUUGUCGAAUAUUGCUAUCAACUAACGGCAGCUGCCUACAUCGAUGCGGGAUUGAAUCCACCGAAUCGUCGGCCGCCUAUUCCGCCGGCGAUCAUUUCGCUGCCGUCGCAGAAUCCGCAUGAUGUGGUGAGCUCGUCCGAAUCGGACAUCUCAUCAGACGGUGAGUAUUCGGAUGAUUCGGAAGAGACGAAACAGGAGCGGCUAAAGCAGAAAAUGGAAAGGCAUCAACGGCGUGAACGCCGCCUUCAACAGAUUUUUCGUCGACGCGCCGUCGAAAAUAAACUUCUGGACAUGAUUAACGGGGAGGAUUACUGA